GCAGCACAUGUGAGUACAGGCCUAAAUACAUAAGUAGGUAGCCAAUUCACACAAUCUCGAGGAGAAGCAGCGCAACUGUGUUCGUGCGCUUUUCCCCGACCUUGUCAUCGCAAUCUACACGCUGUCUCGAUUUCUUUUGCGCCUCCAAUCGACAACCGCCAACAUGUUCAAACGCUCGUUUCGAUCCUCGGACCGAGUCGACAAGUCGGCCAGGCUGAAGAAGUCCAACGCCCCAGUUCGCGAUCACCAGAAGCUGUCGAAACUACAGCAGUCGCUCGAGGAAACCCUUCCUGUCAAGAGGUCUCUGACCUCCCCGAUCAUCACCCUGAUGGUCGGGCAUGAAGGGCGACUGUUUGCCGCGCAUGAGGAGGUUCUAUGCCAGUCGCCGUUCUUUGAGCGCGUCUGCCGUGAACAAUACCUCGAUGCACAGAACAAGAGGAUUUCCCUACCAGACGAAGAGCCCGAGAUCUUCUCGGCCGUGCUUGAAUACCUCUACAAGGGUGACUACUACCCCCGCUUGUUGCACAACAAGCACCGCAACUCUUGGGAGCUCGAGGACGCCGUGCGAUCCCCGGACCCUUCCGAACCCAACAACCCCCGAGGCGGCCGCGGAGCCGUCGAGGCCACCAUGUACGUGCCGAGCGUGGACCAAUACUUGCUAAGAGACACCGUCCUGUACUGCGCUGCCGAGCGAUUCGGACUCGAGGAGCUCAAGCGCCUAGCUCUUCGAAAGCAGGGCCUGCAGAGUGGAAUCGAUGUCGGCACGAUUCUCCGGUCCGCCCAGUACGCCUACGAUAACACGCCCGACACGGACUCCCGGCUCCGCGCUCACUAUCUCGCUCUGAUCAUCCGAUGUCGCAAGACAUUCAAGAGGAGCGGAACCAUGCAAGCUGAGAUGGAAAAGGGCGGCAAGCUCUUCUUCGACUUAUUUGUGGCCAUGUGCAACCAUCUCGACGAUGUCGUUGACAUGAGCAACGCUCACACGCCCAAGACGAUCUGAAGGGCAAAACGUAUGAGACCACCACAAUUAUGGUCACUUCUGGAUUGUGUUUUUAACGGAGGAACCUGAUGUUCUUUUUGCGUGUUUUCUGGAGAAGGAACGGAUCUUGUUACGGGUGUGGUGAAUUGGCGUUCAUUGUUUUCGGUUUCUUCCCGAUCACUCAGCUCUCACAGGCAUCUCAGCUCAUCAGAUUGGAAACACCAUUUGGGAGAGCCUACUACAUACACAUUGCAGCAGACACUCCACUUCUUCAGCGAGCCCAGAGGGUCUCUCCAUCCGCGUCGUAUCGGUCAGGCACGAAACUGUUAUGGACAGAAUUCCACAGGAAACCCUGUCUCCUUGCGAGAUAAGUUUUUCCCAAGUGAGCUGCUCUAUGAAAAGUCGAGCCGUGUAUGACGGCCUAACGACGCGGUAGAGGGGCAAGAAAGGGCUUCUCACCACUCAAAUAU